GACAAACGUUCAUCGCGAGCUCGAGACGAGGAAGAUGAAGACGAAGAACAAGAUGACGAGGAGGACGAGGAGGAGGACGAGGAGGAAGACGAGGGCGUUGAGAGAGGCAAGAAACGCGUGAAGCGCCGGCACAAAGCACCGGCAUGGCAGCGCUUCGUUGAUGUUGAGGCUGAAGUCGACGAGGACGAUGAGGAGGAAGACGACGACGAAGAAUUCGCGAACAAUGACUUCUUGGCUGAACCUGGUCUGGAGGGUGAUGAGGACGAUGUAGCUCGUCGGGCAGCCACACAUGCUCGUUUGGAGCGCCGCGAACGUGAAUUAGACGAUCAGGACCUUGCUCGUAUAGCAGAAGACGUCAGUCAACGGUACAAACGAACCGCGGCCCAGCGCUAUACCGGAAAUAUGGACGAUUUGCCGCAACACAUGUUGAUUCCCGAUGUUCAUGACGCCAAUCUGUGGCAAGUACGGGUCAGGCCGGGCAAGGAACGUGACAUAGUCAUGAGCCUAAUGCGGAAAGCUAUCGACGUAGAGUACUCUGGUCGUCCACUCCAAAUCCUCUCUGCAUUCGAGCGUGACUCCCUCCCUGGCAUGAUCUACGUCGAAGCUCGUAGCGCCAAGCAGGUCAUGGAUGCUUGCAACGGGUUAGUUGGUGUAUUCUUUACCCGACCUCCGGCUUUGGUUCCCAUCGAAGAAAUGGACAAGCUACUUCAGUUGAAGAAGCAAGAGGUGACGGUUACCCCGGGUAGCUGGGUCCGCAUACGUCGAGGGAAGUAUCAAGGCGAUCUCGCUCAAGUAAUGGAUAUUACGGAGAACGGGGAAGAGGUCGGGCUAAAAUUCGUGCCUCGUAUCGACCUAAACCCCAAAGACGACAUGACUGCGGACGGGAAGAAGCGAAAGAAGACCGCCACUACAGCGACGGGCGUUCGACCUCCGCAGCGCUUCUUCAACUACGAGGAAGUCGUCAAAGUGUAUGGGCGUAAAGCGGUUUCGAAGCGCAAUCAAGUAUACGUUUUCCAGAGCGACACGUACAAGGACGGGUUUAUCGAAAAGGACUUCCGUCUUUCGGCACUGCAACUCGAUGACGUUGUUCCAACCUUGGACGAGAUCUCUCUGUUUAGCCGAGAUCAGGAAGGCGGCGGCAUGGACGAGGGCGGGAACAAAAUCGACUUAUCUAUCAUCGCGGAGGCGUCGAGGAAAGCCGCCAUCGCAGUUCUUCAGCCCGGAGACCACAUCGAAGUCUUUGAGGGCGAGCAGGCAGGUGUGCAAGGUGUGGUCGAGGGGGUCCAAGGGGAUCUUGUCACCAUUACCGCCCAAGGUGUCGACCUCGAGGGUCAAAAAAUCGAUUUGCCUGCACGAAGUGUCCGGAAGCGAUUCAAGCCUGGGGACCAUGUCAAGGUUAUGAACGGGAAGAAUGCCGAUGAAACGGGCCUUGUCGUCUCUGUGAUGGACAACGUCGUUACGUUUCUGUCCGACAUGUCGAUGCAGGAGGUGUCUGUUUUCGCUAAGGAUCUUCGUGAAGCGGCAGAAGUUGGUUCCAGCACCAAUAUCGUCGGUAACUAUGAGCUCCAUGACCUUGUACAGCUUGACUUGCAAACUGUGGGGGUCAUCUUCAAGACCGAGCACGAUUCCUUCCGUGUGCUGGAUCAACAUGGCCAAGUACGACUUGUGCAACCGCAUCAGAUAUCCAUGCGAAGGGAUUCUCUUCGGGCCAUCGCCACCGAUUCCGAAGGCCACGAACUACGUGUCGGUGACAAUGUCAAGGAGGUUGAUGGAGAGGGUCGCAAAGGACAAGUUUUGCACAUCCACCAGUCGCAUUUUGCGUUCUUGCACAACCGAGAAAUCGUCGAGAACGGUGGCGUAUUCGUCACCCGAGCACGGUCACUGGCUUCUUUGGCGCCCAAAGGAAAUGCUAUGAAACCCGGUGUCGGGGACCUUUCCAAGAUGAAUCCGGCCAUGAGUGGUGGUGCUUCAUUAGGGGGCAUGGUUGGUUCCGGAAAUAUUGGGCGCGGACCUCGCGAUCGCUUAAUUGGAGUAUCCGUUGCGGUCAUCAAAGGGCCCAACAAAGGCCUUCAUGGAAUUAUCAAGGACACCAACGGUCCGAUAGCUCGCGUUGAAUUGACCGCCAACAAUAAGGUCAUCUCGAUAGAAAAGGAGAAACUGAAACGGUUCAACCUUAUGACAAAAAAACUGGAGAAUCUGGAAGGUGCCUACUCCAGUUUCUCUGGUCGUGGACGAGGGUCAAUGGCACCACCCCAAGGCGGACGCACUCCGGCCUGGGGCGGUGGUGCUAGCGGCGGUGCCACGCCAGGAUGGGGUGUGAGCGGUGCUACGCCUGGAUGGGGGGCUUCACGAACGCCUAAUCCGUACACGACCGGUGCUACACCUGCAUGGAACACGUCGUCGCGUACACCGAAUCCGUACGCAAACGGCGGUAAAACACCAGCCUGGGACGCUGGUGCGCGUACACCAAACCCAUAUGCUGGGGGCGGGGGCAAUGCUGCCUGGGGUGGUGCGACGCCGGGGCGUUCUUGGGGUGGGGGAGCCUCCCCUGCCCACCCAACAGGGUUCGGCGGGUCCACACCAGCCCGACCUACUAACUCCAAUACCAGCUCGUGGGGGAGUGCCUCUCCAGCGAGACCGUCAGGUGGCUGGGGCGAGCCUUCGAGUAGCUGGGGAAGCGCCAGUGCAAGCAACACCGAUAAUUGGGGCUCAGGAGCGGCGACAGCUCCUACGCCUGGUUAUUCGGCUGCUGAGACACCAGGGCCGACACCGGCUGCACCGACGCCGUUCGCCUUCGCUAAAACCCCUGCUGCUUAUGGCGCCGCUGCGGCGACACCUGCCAAUACUUCUGAAGCGAAUCGAGACAACAUACCGGCCAAAUUCACCUUGCCCCCACGUUGGAUCGUCGAAUAUAAUGUUCCAAAGAAAGGACUCAUGGUCAAGAUCUCCGGAACGAAUGGCAUUGGGCUACCGCGAUGGCGAGAUGCCGAGAAAGAAGGGGUCCGCGGCGUGAUGACCUCAUGGAGUGAUUACGGACAGAGUUCUAUAGCCGUGCUGAAGCCUCAAGAUGGCACUGACGAAUUCCAAAUCCCCAUCGAAUAUCUGGUUGCGAUUCACCCAGAUCAGGAGGGUGAAAAGGUAUACGCGCUCGAGGGCCCUUGGAAGGGCGAAAUCCUCUUAACUGUAGGUCAUGAUGGGAACGAUCCUGACACUGGACGACGCCUCUGGACGGUCAGCAAGGCGCAUCAGGCUUUCGACGAGAUGCUGCAUCAGCACCUUGUCAAAUACGACGAUACUGUACAGUAGUUUUGGAUCAUUAUUUUUCGUUACAAUACAAUCUAGAGAUUCACAGGC